AUGGCGACCCUGCUCCCUCCCCCAGGCACCUAUGCGUUCCACCCCUUCACCCGGGAAUCGCUGGCGGAGAUCGAGAGGCUCCAGGGGGAAAGAAAAAAGGCCCCGGAAGUAGCGGGGCAAGAGGAGGACGAGCCGGCGGGCCCGAACGUUGACCUGGAGGCGGGCAAGAGCCUGCCCAUGAUCUACGGAGACCCUCCGCCAGAGAUGCUCAACACACCCCUGGAGGACCUGGACCCGUUCUACGGAGCACAGAAAACGUUCAUCGUGAUCAGCAAAGGAAACACCAUCUACAGGUUCAACGCCGAACCAGCCUGCUACAUUCUGAGCCCCUUUAGCUCGGUCAGGAGAGGAGCCAUCAAAAUUCUCAUACAUUCAUUAUUUAGCAUGUUCAUCAUGAUUACGAUUCUGUCGAAUUGUGUAUUCAUGACGAUGAGCAACCCACCAGCAUGGAGUAAAACUGUUGAGUACGUUUUUACUGGUAUUUAUACCUUUGAGGCCACAGUCAAAGUGCUGUCCAGAGGUUUCUGUUUUGGAUCUUUUACAUUCCUUCGCGAUCCGUGGAACUGGCUGGAUUUCAUGGUGAUCAGCAUGGCAUACGUCACUGAGUUUGUUGACCUCGGCAAUGUGUCAGCCCUCAGGACAUUUCGUGUACUUCGAGCCCUUAAAACAAUUACUGUGAUUCCUGGUUUGAAAACCAUCGUGGCCGCUUUGAUCCAGUCAGUGAAGAAAAUGGUGGAUGUCAUGAUUCUGACUGUCUUUGCUCUCGCGGUUUUUGCCCUCGUUGGCCUUCAGCUUUUCAUGGGAAACCUGCGUCACAAGUGUGUGCGAUGGCCCAUUGAAACAAAUGAAACUUCAUUUGAGUUUUUGAACGCCACGUCACUGUUCAGUGACGCCGCGUCCUUCAACGACACCUUGGGCGUCAAUCACACAACAUAUUCCAACAGUACCUUCAAUUUUAUGGAAUAUAUUGAAAACGCAGAGAAUCACUAUUUUUUGGAAGGCAGCCAAGAUGCUCUACUUUGCGGAAACAGCUCUGAUGCUGGAAAGUGCCCCGAAGGAUUCACAUGCAUGAAGGCUGGCAGGAACCCCAACUUCGGCUACACCAGCUUUGACUCUUUUGGCUGGGCCUUCCUGGCCCUCUUCAGACUCAUGACCCAGGACUACUGGGAGAACCUUUUCCAGCUGAUCCUGCGGGCGGCUGGUAAGACGUACAUGCUGUUCUUUGUGGUGGUUAUCUUUCUGGGCUCCUUCUACCUCAUCAACCUCAUCCUGGCUGUGGUAGCCAUGGCUUAUGAUGAGCAGAACCAGGCGUCUCAGCGAGAGGCCAUAGAGAAAGAGGAGGAGUUCCAGCGGCUACUGGAGAAACUCAAGAAUCAAGAACAGGCUCAAAUUCUUGGGAGCCGAGUCACUCUUACCAGUAAGAAGUCGCUCAGUCAUCACACAUCGUCCGAGUUGGCGGACGAGGAAGGGAGUCUCGAGCACGACGAAACUGUCAAGGAUUGUAAUGGGAGAGUCAUUCCCCGCCUGUUGGUCAGAGCGCCCACCAUGCAUGAGUCUGCUGCAGAUUAUGAACUCAGGGAGAAGUCGCUAGGCUCUGUGCACAGCAUGCUUCAUCUGGACGAAACAGGCCUGACACAGAGAUCUGCUAGUGCUAUGACUGUGCUCACUGCAGCUGCUAUGGAAGAGUUGGAUGAGUCUCAGAGACCGUGCCCACCCGGCUGGUACAAGUUUGCCGAGAUGUUCCUGAAGUGGGAAUGCUGCACGUCCUGGGUGGUCUUUAAAAAGUGGAUGUACUUUGUGGUGAUGGACCCUUUUGUCGACUUGGCCAUCACCAUCUGCAUCGUGCUCAACACCCUCUUCAUGGCCAUGGAGCACUACCCCAUGACCCCGGAAUUCGACUACAUGCUCUCAGUGGGGAAUCUGGUUUUCACUGGGAUCUUCACGGCGGAAAUGUUCUUCAAGCUCAUUGCCAUGGAUCCGUACUAUUACUUUCAAGCCGGCUGGAACAUUUUCGACAGCAUCAUUGUGACUCUCAGUCUAGUGGAGUUGGGGCUGGCGAAUGUCCAGGGGCUCUCUGUCCUGAGGUCUUUCCGUCUGCUUCGUGUCUUCAAAUUAGCCAAAUCCUGGCCCACGCUCAACAUGCUGAUCAAGAUCAUUGGUAACUCGGUAGGAGCUUUAGGAAACCUGACUCUGGUGCUGGCCAUCAUUGUCUUCAUCUUCGCCGUGGUGGGCAUGCAGCUCUUUGGCAAGAGCUACAAGGACUGCGUGUGCAAGAUCUCCUUGGACUGCGAGCUUCCACGCUGGCACAUGAACGACUUCUUCCACUCGUUCCUCAUCGUGUUCCGCAUCCUGUGCGGGGAGUGGAUCGAGACCAUGUGGGACUGCAUGGAGGUGGCCGGAGCUGGGAUGUGUUUAGUUGUCUUCAUGAUGGUCAUGGUCAUUGGAAAUCUAGUGGUGCUGAACCUCUUCCUGGCCCUGCUGCUCAGCUCGUUCAGCGGAGACAACCUCUCAGCGGGGGACGAUGACGGAGAGAUGAACAACCUCCAGAUUGCCAUCGGCAGGAUCACACGGGGCGUCGACUGGUUCAAGACGUUCGUCGUUCGAAUGCUCCUGCAGAUUCUCGGCAGGAAACCCCAGGAGCCUGAUGAGGGUCCGGUGGACGGCACGGACCCUAAAACGGAGGGAAUUGAAAUGAACCACUUGGACACCAGUCAGAAUUUCAAAAUGGCAGAUGGUAUAUCUAAUUGCUUAGUUGAAGGCCAGCCUUCUGGAUUUAUUGUGGAUGGAGAGUUCAGUCUCAGUGUGCCAAUCGCCCAAGGAGAGUCAGACUUUGAAAACCUCGACGAGGAUGAUGAAGAUGAUGACGAUGCUCAUGGCUCAAAGGUUUUAGAUGAAAAGAAUAACCACCAGAACCCAGAAAACCCAGAAGGUGAAAGUGGUAUGCCGAGACUUGUCAAACUGAUGGGUGCUUUGAGUGACGGGGAUUCUUCAGUAUGCAGCACAGUGGACUACCAGCCACCUGACCCGGAAGCAGAAGAAAUGGAGGAAGAAGAGCCAGACCCAGUGGAGCCAGAGGCCUGCUUCACUGACAACUGUGUGAGGCGCUGGCCGUGUCUGACUGUGGACAUCACCCAAGGUAAAGGCAAGAAAUGGUGGAACCUCCGUAGGACUUGCUUCACUAUUGUGGAGCAUGACUGGUUUGAAACCUUCAUAAUCUUUAUGAUCCUGCUCAGCAGCGGAGCCCUGGCCUUUGAAGACAUAUACAUAGAAAGACGCCGAACCAUCAAAAUUGUCCUGGAGUUUGCUGACAAAGUUUUCACCUACGUCUUUGUCAUCGAGAUGCUCCUUAAAUGGGUGGCGUAUGGCUUCAAGACCUACUUCACCAACGCCUGGUGUUGGUUAGACUUUUUCAUUGUAGAUAUUUCCCUGAUUAGUUUAGUUGCCAACUGGCUGGGCUACUCUGACCUUGGACCAAUCAAAUCCCUCAGAACCCUCAGGGCGUUAAGGCCUCUCCGAGCGUUGUCGAGAUUUGAAGGGAUGAGGGUGGUGGUGAACGCUCUUAUUGGGGCGAUUCCCUCCAUCUUCAACGUGCUUCUGGUGUGUUUGAUCUUCUGGCUCAUCUUCAGCAUCAUGGGAGUCAACCUGUUCGCCGGCAAGUUCUACCGCUGCAUCAACACCACCACAGAGGAGCUUUUCCCCAUCACUGAGGUCAACAACAGGAGCGACUGCAUGGCCAUCAAAGAAGCCACGCAGGAGGCUCGCUGGGUCAACGUCAAAGUCAACUAUGACAAUGUUGGAAAAGGCUACCUGUCCCUGCUUCAAGUGGCGACUUUUAAAGGUUGGAUGGACAUCAUGUAUGCUGCUGUUGACUCAAGAGAGGUAGAGGAGCAACCUUCUUAUGAGAUCAACCUCUACAUGUACGUGUACUUUGUCAUCUUCAUCAUCUUUGGCUCUUUCUUCACACUCAACCUCUUCAUUGGUGUCAUCAUUGACAAUUUCAACCAACAAAAGAAAAAGUUUGGAGAUAAAGACAUAUUUAUGACCGAGGAACAAAAAAAAUACUACGAGGCCAUGAAGAAACUUGGCUCCAAGAAGCCACAGAAGCCAAUUCCACGUCCGACAAACCCAAUCCAGGGCAUGGUGUUUGACUUCAUCAGUCAGCAGUUCUUUGACAUCUUCAUCAUGGUGCUCAUCUGCCUCAACAUGGUGACCAUGAUGGUGGAGACGGACGAUCAGAGUGCAGAGAAGGAGGAUUUCCUCUUUAAAGUAAACGUGGCUUUCAUCGUUGUCUUCACCGCAGAGUGUACGUUGAAGCUCGUUGCCCUGCGACAGUACUUCUUCACCAAUGGAUGGAACAUUUUUGAUUUUGUUGUGGUCAUCUUGUCAAUAGCUGGUACGAUGCUCUCAGACCUAAUUGAGAAGUACUUUGUGUCACCAACUCUGUUUAGAGUGAUCAGACUGGCCAGAAUAGGCAGGAUUCUACGUCUCAUUAAAGGAGCUAAGGGCAUUCGGACGCUUCUCUUCGCUCUGAUGAUGUCACUUCCUGCCCUGUUCAAUAUCGGUCUCCUGCUCUUCCUCAUCAUGUUCAUCUUCUCCAUAUUUGGCAUGUCAAACUUUGCCUAUGUCAAAAAGGAGGCUGGAAUCGAUGACAUAUUCAACUUUGAGACAUUUGGUAAUAGCAUUAUCUGCUUGUUUCAGAUUACAACGUCAGCAGGCUGGGAUGGGCUUUUACUUCCAAUGCUGAACAGGGAGUCUCCAGACUGUGAUCCAAACUUUGAGAACCCAGGCACGGACGUAAGGGGUAACUGUGGCAGCCCGGUUAUUGGCAUGAUUUUCUUCUGCAGCUACAUCAUCAUCUCAUUCUUAGUGGUAGUCAACAUGUACAUCGCCAUCAUCUUAGAGAACUUCAAUGUGGCGCAGGAGGAGAGCAGCGACGCGCUCUGUGAGGAAGACUUUGAGAUGUUCAAUGAGACUUGGGAGAAGUUUGAUUUAGAUGGAACUCAGUUCAUAGAGUAUAGCCAGCUCUCAGAUUUUUGUGAUGCCUUGCAGGAGCCGCUUAGGGUGGCCAAGCCCAACCGGCUUCGCCUGAUUGAAAUGAAUCUGCCCCUGGUCAUUGGGGACAGGAUCCACUGCCUGGACGUCUUGUCGGCCGUCACACAGAUUGUCUUGGGAGACACAGUGGAGAUGGCAGCGAUGCGGGAGAGCAUCGAGGCUAAGUUCAUCCUGAACAACCCCACCUCAGACUCCUUUGCACCCAUUACCACAACGGUACGCCACAAAGAAGAGCAGAGGGCCGCUGUGGUCAUUCAGAGGGCUUACCGCAACCACCUGCUGAAACGCUGCAUACGCCACGCCGCUUUUAUGCAGCGCUUUAGCAGGAUGGGUAGAAUGGACGAGGAUCCACCAGAAAAAGAGGGGCUGCUCGCACGGAAGUUGGGAGUGCUCUAUGGGAGCAAUGUGGACCUGGCAGAGGAGAUGGAGCGGGCUGCUUUAGAAACUCUAGCAAGCCAGGCGCCUCCUAACGUUGAGACAUUGUCCCAUUACCCAGGGGCCCAGUGUGUUCCAGUAUCCCCUGAGCCAAACAUCAUGGUUGUACCCGUAGAAAUUACUAAUGAGGUUUUAUUACAUUCUGCCCCCAACCAACACCUCUUGGCCCUACAGGCAAACCUGAGAGAGUCAGUCGUAUAACAAACAGCACAAAAUAAUUAAUUAUGUCUUCCCCCUUUUGUUUUUUGUUUUUUGUUUGUUUGUUUUUUUUACCAGUCAAGGGAGUAGUGUUAAUUAAGUCUCACUAAUGAUGCAGAUUUUUCCACAUUAGAUGAAGAGGUUACACAGUGCUAAUGAAAUUUUUUUAACUGCGCCUUUCGAUAAUUAAACUCAACAAACAAUUCCUGUUUUUUCGUGCAACAUUUAAGUGCCUUUUUGGGUUUAAAAGUGGAACUGGAGUGCGUGGUUUUCUCUGAUAAUAGCCAUAUAGACAUCAGCAACUAUAAACACUAUUAAUGCUAAGUGGGAAGGAUAGGUAAAUAACUUAAAAUCAGCAUCACUCUGUGCAAUGUUAAAUAAGAUUUAAUUUGCUGCAAAAACAGACAAAAAUGAAUAUGCUCAAACAUUGAAUCACCGGUUGUCUGUGUUUAAUGUUAGUCCCAUUGUACCCUCUUUUCUGUGUCUGUGAUGCUUUUUCUUUGUUUCAUUUUGGAGGUAAAUUGUACUUGUAAUUGAUAUCUCCAAAUUAAGGGCACACGUAGAUAUGAUUUCUCAGGAUUUAAAUGAACACUGGCUUUCAGAGAACUGCAAGACGUGCAGUUUUUCUUUGCACUCACUGCCAGCCAUUAAAAAAAAAAA